AUGGCCAGCCUCAGCAAUGCCACCACACCCUGCGGCUUCCUCCUUCAAGGCUUCUCUGAGUUCCCGCACCUGAGGCCUGUGCUCUUCCUGUUGCUGCUGGCCGUGCACCUGGCCACACUGAGUGGAAACCUGCUCAUCUUGGUGGCCGUGGUCUCGGUGCCCAGCCGGCCACCCAUGUUGCUCUUCCUGUGCCAGCUGUCGGCCAUCGAGCUCUGCUACACGCUGGUGGUAGUGCCCCGCUCGCUGGCCGACCUGACCCUGUCCGGCCACAGCAGGGGCAGCCCCAUCUCCUUCCUGGGCUGUGCGGUCCAGAUGCAGAUGUUCGUGGGGCUGGGAGGGGCCGAGUGCUUCCUGCUGGCGGCCAUGGCCUAUGACCGCUACGUGGCCAUCUGCCACCCGCUGCGCUAUGCCACCAUGGUGACGCCUGGCCUGUGCGCGCGACUGGCCCUGGCCUGCUGCCUCGGUGGACUGGCCGUGUCCGUGGGGCUCACGGUGGCCAUUUUCCACCUGCCCUUCUGCGGCUCUCGCCUGCUGGUGCAUUUCUUCUGCGACAUCACUGCACUGCUGCACCUGGCCUGCACACGGAGCUACGUCGACGAGCUGCCGCUGCUGGGCGCGUGCAUAGUGCUGCUGCUGCUGCCCUCCAUACUUAUCCUGGCCUCCUAUGGGGCCAUCGCCACAGCCCUGCGCCGCCUGCGCUGCAGCGGGGGCCGGCGCAAGGCCGCCUCCACCUGCGCCUCGCACCUGGCGGUCACCUUCCUGCACUACGGCUGCGCCACCUUCAUGUAUGUGCGGCCCAAGGCUCGCUACUCGCCACGGCUGGAUCGCACUCUGGCCCUGGUCUACACCAACGUCACGCCGCUGCUCUACCCGCUCAUCUACAGCCUGCGAAACCGCGAGAUCACAGCCGCUAUCCGCAGGUUGCUGGGGCGCAGGAGACCGAGUCAGGCCUCCAGCCAGGAUCCGCGUGAUCCCUAA